UCCUUGCCAGCCGACGGGGACUUGGAGGAGGCCUGGAGGCGGAGCUCCCGUCCUAGCCCGUGAUGGUGGGAGCCAUUCCCCGGCAGCCGCGCCGCUUCUGGGGGGUGCCGUGGUGGCUGGUGUCGCCAGAGAGCUCCGCCAGUAGUCAUCUGCUGCUGGGCCAGGGGAGCCGGACAGCCAGGCGUAGGGAUUGGUUGCAGAGGGAUGUGGCCCCACGGCAGGCGUCGUAGCAGGGGGCCCGCCUGGACUUCUUGAUCCCACGGCACUUUAGCGCCUGCCCUCUCCGCCACGCCCCAUGCGGCACAUCAAUGCGGAGGCCGGCCUCCCCCAGGAGUGCAGCGCAGGGGCCAGCCAGGAGGAGGAGGAGGAGGAAGAGGAGGACUCCCGCCCCUGGUGUCGGCCCCACGGGGUCGUGAUGGGCUGCAGCCCCCCGGAGCUGGUGUGCCAGAAGGUCUACCAGGUCUCCAUCUUCUCCCAGCUGGCCGGCUGCUCCCACCCGCCGGAGCAGAGGGCCCCCGGUCGGCAGCCCUUCAAGCGGGCCUGCCCGGAGCCCCAGCGGAGGGGGGGGACGCGGAGGGGGGCCGAGGGCGAGUGGGACGCCAAGCGAGGCCGCUGGGAAGGGGGGGAGGAGGAGGAGGAGGAGGGGGACGAUGCCAUCGAGGACGGCCUGGUGGUGGGCGAACUGGCCCUGGGGGGCAUGGCUCAGCACUUCUCCCACAGCGGCCUGCGGGUGGUCGAGCACCGCCGGGAGGGAAGCCCCAGCCACUGCGCUGCCAGGGAGGCGGACCAGGCCAGUGCGAAAGGGGGCGCCGCCCAGGCCCUGCCGCCGCCGCCACCCACACCUUGCAGCACUUUGCACACGACGGACCGUGCCCCAGCCUUGCGGAGGGGUCGCCCCACGGACUCUGGCCCCGCCGGGAGGCAGGAGGAGAACGGAGCCCAGCCGGUCGAGAGGCCUGGCAGCCCAAGUUUCCUACUUGAUCCUGACUUGCACAAGCUUGCACAACACGCCCCGCGAGGCAGAUGCCCUGUGGCCAGGGGGCACCCAGAGCCUGGCACUCCGCCGGCAGCCCGGGGCCCUGGCGCCAGGGGGCCGGGCUCCUCCGAGAAGACGCCGUGCUCGAGCGCCUGGCUUUCCGGAGGCGGUGCCGGUGGCUGCCCGGCCAAGCGGAAGCUGCUGCCCUCGGCGGAGGGGACCGCCGACACCGGCUCCGCGGGCGAGGGCCUGUCGCCCGUGCGGAAGAAGCGGGCCCCGCAGUGCCCCGCAGUGCCCGCCUCCUGCCGCAGCACCGAUGCCAAGGGCGCCCCCUUCUACCCGGGAGUCAUAGAUUUGGAUGCCUUGGGAAAGAAGGGCUACAGCAUCCCCAAAACGGGCACGAUCCAAGUGACCUUAUUCAACCCCAACAAGACGGUGGUGAAGAUGUUCCUUGUGACCUACAACUUCCACGACAUGCCUGCCAACCACGUCACCUUCCUGCGCCAUCGCAUAUUCCUGGUGCCCGUGGGGGAGGAGGAGCACGGAUCCGGCCCGGCCCUUGGUGGGCUGCCCAGGAGGGUGCUUUGCUACCUGAUGCACCUGAGGUUCCACAGCUCCAAGUCUGGGAAGAUUUACCUGCACGACGACAUCCGCCUGCUGUUCUCACGCAAGUCCAUCGAGAUUGAUUCGGGGAUCCCGUACGAGCUGAAGUCCUUCACGGAGUUGCCGCGCAAUCCCUGCUACUCGCCACGGACCUGAGUGGGGGUGUGUG